GCAAUGCUGAAAGACGCUAAAUGAGGCUGUACCAGUGGUAAGUUGAGGAAGUUUUCUCUCUCCAGCAGCGCUUCACUGCUGCGUUGAUAGCGGAUUGGAACAUACAUGAGCAGUGCAAUGGCAUUGCAAACGUAGUAAGGGGCCAAGAAUCGCAUCCGCAUCCGCAUGGUGCCAGCCUCCGGCGAGUCUGGAGCUGUACGUGGCGCCAUCCUCAAGAUUCGAAGUGGAGCAUACAAUUUUAUCGGUACCACAAAUACGGUACACAUAAAUUCCUGCGACGUGUGAGCAAACCUGCGGCAUAGACUUCGUUGACACCAUGCAUGGGAUGUCCCGACAACCCAGAGCGUCAUACAGCCCUCAGCUGUGGUGAAUCCGUUAUUCGGUGCUCGAGAAUACACGUAGCUCGUUCUCAUCUCGUAUUGUGCCGACAAGCAAACCACUUCGAAAUAGUCCGCUAUUCCUGUCCGACACUUUUUGUUUUCCACCCCACAUCGCGGGUAACCAGCUUGGCUCAAGACAAUGGACCUGGCCGUUCGUGCGUGUGUCGAAGCCGACGAAGCGGCGGUGGAAUUGCUGCCUGCACCGGAGUCAAGUACGCGACGCAAGUUGUUCGGACUCACCCAUGCUGGCGCCUUGAUUGAGACGUCACAAGUCACACUUUGUGCCGAGGUCAAAGAUGCUGCUACCUCGAGUGAAGGAAAUGCAGCUACGAGUCAUGCAACGCUGGCAGGUUUCGCAUCGUUCGACGACCAGAUCCCUGCAGCUCUAGCACGUUGGCCUGAAGUGCGCGACUAUUUGAAAAAGAGGCUUCUAUUUGGUAAACCUCAAGGCUGUCUAUUGCUCGUGGCGUUCCGUUAUGACCCGGCAGUGGCUAGUGAGCGGAAGGUGCUUCCGGCUCUGCUGCAUCAAUUAUUCACUAUUCGGCCGGAACUUGGUGGAGUCGUUCUGGCAGCGCAUAUCGGUGUGGACUUGGAGGAGCUCGGGGUGUUGUCGCAGAUUUUUUCGUGCUACGAGGCUGUGGGGCUUAGUACUGGUGGACUACUCAUGUUCUACCGUGCCGUUCGCACGGACUACACUCCCAGUGUUUUCGUACGACAAGCAUUGUCUACUGAUGCGGAGAUUGAUCGACUCCAGGCGAUGGUGAAGACGAACGAAGAGGCUAAACGACAUGCAGUUCACACUUGGUUCGAUGUUGCCACAGAUCCAACUCGUGUACUAUCAAACCAGGACGAACACCGAGCGUGCUUCGUUGCGCAAUGUGUUGACACGCAGCAGCCAUGCGGCUUGUUGGCCUGUACAGACUCCAUCGACACGGAUCAGGUGGAUAAUUAUGCUCGACUGUUCUCGGACAUGUAUCGCAAGGCAAAUCUAAUACACGACGAUCCCCAACCUUCGAGCCCUGAACCUUCGAAUCCUGCGACGUCAGCCCCUCCAGGCGCUAGAAUAUCGAUCGCUCCUGCUCCAUCUCCAGCUCCUACGAGGAAUCUCGCUCGGUCUUCUGGUGGACCGCCCAAUAUCAUCGUUCUUGGUCCCACAGGAGCUGGCAAAAGCACUCAAAGCACGAGGCUGGCUCGAGAGUUUGGCGUUGUAUACGUCUGUACUGGAGACUUGCUCCGUGAAGCAGCGAAUGACCCAACUAAUCAACAUGCUGACCUUUCCCGGUUUAUCAGCGCUGGAGACCUAGUUCCAGACGACGUAGUCAAAGAUAUCGUGUUGAAUCGGCUCACUCAACCAGACUGCAAGACUCGUGGCUGGUUACUUGAAGGGUAUCCUCGCACAGACACUCAAGCGCGUGUACUGUUGAGUCAAGGUGCGAAGCCCGAUCUUGUAGCCAUUCUGGAGCUCUCAGAUGACGAUGCAAGUCAGCGUGAUGGUGUCGGAGCCAGGGAAGCUCCAGUUGGCCGAAGACUCGCAGUCUAUCGAGAGCACCGUGAGGCAGUACAGCAGAACUUCGUCAAGAUCUCCACCAUUAUCCACGUUGACGCCGCUAAAUCCCGCGACGCGACUACAAAGAAACUGGUGCAUGAGAUCCACCGAGCUCGAGGAUCUCGAGGACCCCUUCGAGUCAGAAACCCUCCACGGUUAAUCAUCACGGGCGCUCCAGCGAGUGGCAAGGGCACUCAAUGUGAACUUCUGGUGCGUGCCUUGCACGUCGUACACUUGUCCACUGGCGAUAUGCUUCGUCAAGCCAUUCGUGACUGCACAUCGCUGGGUAACCAAGCACAAAGCUACAUGGAUAACGGUCAACUGGUUCCAGAUGAGCUCAUUGUUAAUGUGGUGCUGGAGCGUCUGGCACAACCAGAUUGCAAGACUCAAGGCUGGCUGCUAGACGGAUUCCCACGCACGGAAGCUCAAGCUCAAGCGCUACUGGCCGCACGGAUCAUCCCCGACUGUGUGUUGGCCCUUGACGUUCCAGACGACGAAGUGGUGAAGCGCAUCGCUGGUCGACGUCUCGACCCGCAGACCGGCAAAACGUACCACAUGGAAUUCAACCCUCCACCGUCGGAUGUGGCUGAGCGAGUCAUUCAACGCACAGACGACACAGAGGAGACUGUGCGGACUCGACUGGAGCAAUUCCAUGCUCACAGUAAGGCCGUUGUCUCGACAUUGGGAGGCGUGUGUGAGCUGAUCCAGGCGGACGGAACGCGCUCCGUGGACCAGGUAGCUGAGCAACUGCUGGGCGGGGCGGAGCGCUGCUUGCUCCGCAACAAUGCGGCGAUUAUCUCGCUCUUCAGUAUGAACGCCAUGUACCAGACGCGUGCCCCAUUGUUCCUCGCUAAUGUCUUUGAGCACUUCAAGGACAAGGAUUGUGUGCUGCUCUGUCUACCCGAGAGCUGCCGCAGACCGGCAAUUACCAGCGGCUUCCGCUCUGUGCGUGGAGAUCCGUCAGUCUCGACGAUUGCUCGGUUGAAGCAGCAAGACGAGGACAAAGCUGCUUCGAAUCAUAAGGCAAAGCACGUCAAGCACGACAAACACAAGCUCUCGGUGUUGUACGCUUUCCAUCGCGACGAACUGCCGUUCCUCGCCAACUUCACGCUCGACCUCAGUUCGAACGAUGAGAUCCAACACGCUGAGCCAGUGGUCGUCAAAGGCAAGGGCGUCAAAGGCUUCGGUCUCACGGUCAAGUCCUGGACGCACAAGUGCUUCGAGUUGCUGCGUUUCGGUGGCAGAAAGGAGAAGAAAGUGAAGCCUCAACAAGCGGAAAAGCGUCUGAGAGCUGCCAGUUUAGAGACCGGGAAGACCGGGAGCGCUGAACCCUCCGAUGGCCACGCAGACGAUCGAAACACGAUUUAUUAGUGAUAAUGACAGCAAUGUGGUUCGACCAUUCUUACCAAAUUCCUAAUUCUUAAUGGAGGGUGGUAAGGUAGCUUAAGCCAACAUUUCGUAUUGGUACUGUCGACGAAGCCUCGCGUUGUGCAGUGUUGUACUGUAGCGUUGGCGUAGAGCUUCCACCAAGCACAAGGCCAGCAACGCAUACGCCGGAUAGAACUUGUGACGUUCAUACUGUGCCAAUUCAUCUCCACUUUCCAGUAAAUACAAGUAAGAAACUAUUAGCAGUCUUACAACGAUAUCGG